AUGAGGUUGGCAUUGCCAAGUGGAGUUUUGAAUCUUCUACAGUUGAGGCACCUUAUGCUGUCGAUGAAUGAAACAAAAGUCCCCUCAGGUAUAGGCAUAUUAACAAACCUUCAAACUUUAACUGGUUUAUACCUGAGACUUGGUAUCACCGAAGAAUUAAGGAGUUUGACUCAACUGAGGAAGCUGGAAUUGAUGGAUGUAUCUGAAGAACAUGCCAAUGAGCUCUCUGCUCCUAUUAUGAAGAUGAGAGGACUUGUGUCUUUAUCUCUUGAUUCAGGAGAUCCUUCUGGCGAAGAACUAUUGCCCACAUUGGAGCCAUUUUCACCACCACAGUUUAUCAGAGAACUUAGACUAGGUGGUCGUCUAGUGGAUCUCCCUCACUGGUCUGGUUUCUUUCCUUAUUCUGUGACUACUGUGCUGGCUUAUAAAGGGCAGAAACUGAUUCUGUUUCUCAGAAAUUCUGCAGAAUUGUUCCACAGACAAGGUCUUCUUUCACUUCUUAACUGUUCAAAGUUAAAAUACAUGAAGAGUGAUAUACUUUUAUUCUUCAUUAAAUUACACUUUCAGGUUAAUUGCAGAAAUUAUAGGAAUUCAGACUCCCUGUCCAUGCACAAGUUUGCAGCCAUUUUACCUGGUGAUUCAAUUGCAGAGAUUGUAGCGACUAACGGUAUCCUGAACUUCUUGAACAUCUAUAACACACUGCUAAUUGUCAGGCUUGUUUUGACCUGGUUUCCUAACUCUCCUCCGGCCAUUGUUAGCCCACUCAGCACUUUGUGUGAUCCUUACUUGAACAUCUUCCGUGGGAUUAUCCCACCUCUUGGAGGGACGUUAGAUCUGUCUCCAAUACUAGCAUUUCUGGUCCUGAAUGCCUUUACCAGUGCUGCGGCUGCUCUUCCUGCUGAAUUACCCAUUAAACAAGAAUCUCAUGAAGGUGUUUCUUCAUCAAAUCCAAGGUUUUCCAAUUUUACUACAACACAGAAGAAGUGGAUGAAAAGGUGCUUGGCAAAACCACGAUGAGCUCUGUGGACCUCAACUUGGCUAUUUACCUGUCUAAGUUGGAGAUUUCCUUAUUAAUCAUCUUUCUUAUGAAUCCCACAUCUUCUGGAGAUAAAGAAGGUACAUAUUCCUUGUGUAUUCUUUUAAAUCUUUAAAUUAAAGGCCAGUAUCUCCCAGGUGCUAAAUUGUUUUCAAUGGGGUGCCAUAUAAAUGUUUACCUUCGCCUUUAUUGUCCUGUUACAUGAUGGUGGUGACUAUGUAGUAACCCAAACUCUCAAGUUGUGCCACAUUUCGUUGUGUUAAAUUUGUUAAAUUGAUUGACGCACAAUAUUUUCCUCUCAGUAUCACUCAUUCUAUGUAGACCCUGUGAAAUCAAUUUUGUCAUAGUGGCAACUUUUUGAUGUAAGGUUUUCUACCCAA